AUGUACUCUAACCAGACACCAACCCCGACCGCGUUCAAGUGUGCCAUCGACGGCCAGUGGCUCACACCAGACCAUUACUCUCAGAGACAGAUCGCCAAGUGGCAUCAGCAGAAAAAGAAGCUCAGAGAUGGCGUCACCCCUAACACUAUCGGCUUGAUUUGCAAGGAGCACACAGGGCAAACCCAGAGUCAGACGGAACAUCGUGAGAUCCACUGCAAUGGUCCUUGUGGCGCUUGGAAACCUAGGGAGCAAUUCAGUAAGAACCAGCGCAAUAUCGACAACCCUCGAUGUAUCACUUGUACCUUCUGGGCAACCAAUGUCGGUGCUAAGGAGGCCCCUCCUGCCAUUCAUGAAAAUGAGAUGCAUAGUCAAGCGAUGUGCGAUGGUUUCUUACCAGCUCAAGACGGAUUCACCGAUGACCGAGCUUCUCACGCUGAGACUAAUGUCACUAUGACCGGUACCACUGCGGUUCAGUCAAGCGGAGUUACUUCAGAGAAGCAGCAAGACAUUGAUGGUGAUCAUGGAAGCUCUAUGUCGAUCAUCAGAGGUAUUCAUACCUCCAAGACUCACGGUACUGCGUUUGGAGACCAGGACCCUCGUAAGGGUACCUCUAUUAAAAACUUCACCGGCUACGGCCACCUAAGAGGCGAAUUAGUGAUCAAGCGCGAACCGGAUUCCGGCAUUACUUCUUCCCUGCCCGGCCUACAAGGUAUCACUCCUUCCGUAGAAGAGGAAAAAUCGCAUCUGUAUAAUCAAGACCCCUUUUCGCCUAUUGGUCAUUCGGCUGAGAACUUGACAACUGCUGCUCCACGCAUGCCAUUUAAGGCCUCGAAUGUAGCUGACCGCCCGGACAAAGUGUCGAACGGGAAGUGGGCCAAACCAGACACUCGCAAAGUGUUCUAUGCCAAUGCCGUCUACGAGCCUCCGAAAGAGGGAAUGGACACCCAUGACCCAGAUUGGGAGUCAGAUGAUGAAAUUGAUUUUUAA